AGAGAAGGAAGAGGAGGAGGACCACCAACCACUUCGGCCCCGCCUUCCUUUUCCUAGGCUUUCCCCGCAUCCCAGGCAUUGCCUCCUCCUCCUCCUCCUUCCUAGGAAAGAUGCUCAAUGCCCUGGGCGUCUGAGGAGGAGGAGGAGGAGGAGGAGGAGGAGGAGGAGCGGAGAGGAAGGGCAUGAGCACAAAGGAAGGCGAGGAACGGGCUGGUAGGGAGCAGGGAGGGUAGCCCUGGGAAAGAGGGAGAGCAGUGGGGAGAUGUCCAGGGGGCGAGAGCAGGGCUAAGGAAGGAAGGAGAGGAGGGAAGGAAGGAAGGAAGGAAAGAGGGAUGCAGCAGCAGCAUCAGAGAAGGAGGCGCCCCUGGUCCUGCCGCUGAACCGAGGAAGGGAAGGGAAGGGAAGGGCCAGGAUGGGCUGCGGGGGGAGCCGCGCCGACGCCCUGGAGCCCCGCUACUACGAGAGCUGGACCAGGGAGACCGAGUCCACCUGGCUGACCAACACCGACGCCGACCUCCCUCCCGCCGCCGAGGCCGGACCCGCCGAGACCAGGCGGAGGGGCCCCGGAAUUUUGGAAGACAGCAAAUCAACCCAGACCUGCAUUGCAAAGUCCUCACCUGCGAGCAGAGUCACUAGUACUGAAAAAAGAGCUCACUGUGGUACACAAUGUACAAAACUGACUGUUCACAACACUGGAGCAUCAACAGAGAAGCAGCAGAAUGGCUUUAGAAGCACUGAGGGCAAACGGGAAAACAAGAAGAAAGCCACCAAGGAAGUUGCUAUCAAUGCCUCCAAAACAAUCAGACAAAUUAGUAGCAACAAAAGAAUGGCAAAGAACUGUGUCAACUAAAAAACAAAGGAAAUGGUGAACGAACUCUGCAAUAUUUUGCUGCACUUUAAUGGACUACUUAAUGUGAAGCCCUCACAGUGUUUUGGUAUUUUGCUGAAUGGGGUGGCAGGCUGCUAUUGAGUGCCUUUGGAAAAACUCUUGUUCUAAAUGCCUGUUGACACUGGAUGUUUGCACACUCCUUGUUAUGUGUUGCCAUUUGGGUGAGGCUGGGCCAGCAAUUAGUACGUAUUUUUUAUUGUCACUGGAAUAAUUUCAUAUAAAAAAUAAAACAAAAAUAUUUUUAAACCCCCUCAAGACAAUCCCUCAGAAACAUCUUCUCUGGCUUAUGCAGUUCUCCCAUGGUUGCCUCUUAUGUUCAGUCUGGGUAUAAAAUGUUCAGCAUCCUAACUCUCAGGGUGUUCUCAGCAGUUUCUGUAUCCAAAGUGGCAUAUUUUAUUAUUUCCUUCAGUGGCGUGCUGGAUAUACCAUAUAAUUUGAAAUACCAUGGGAGUUCCCUCAUUAUCCCGUAUAAUUUACUACUAUAGAAUAUAGUGAGUUUGGUGCCAACAGAGAUAAUACUGUAAUAGUUGGAAGGCACAGAGUGAUAUUGUAACCCCGAUGCACCACAUGGGAGCUUUGUGUUGUUAUAAAAUGUUAGAACGGACGAUACUUGCUCUUCUAUUAGUGGAAUCGACCCAACAAUAUGAACUCAUAGAAGAAUAUGUCCUUCAGUUAUAUACCAUGCAUUUGCUAGAGCAAGAGGCUGUAUCAAAGAGUCUUUUUAUAAUAUAAAGCUUGACCAACAAUGCAAAUCUGGCAGUGUCCAUUUGUUUUUGAUUAAAAGCAUGUUGCUCUAUAAUAAAAC